ACUUUGUGUUUUGUGGGUAUACUCCAAUUUGCUCCGUUGCUUCUCUUCCUCUUCCUUUUCACAAUUUAUAAAAGGUAAUUGUUAAAUUUAACCUGUUUUUCGUCGAUCAGUGUUUGAGGUUUUGCUGAACCUUGUCUCCACAUGGGCUACUAUAACAAUGUCUUUGAUGAAUGCAACGACCAAACUGAUAUCGGUCGAGUUCUACGCGAUGGAAGGGAAGUCAUUCUCCAGGCAUAUAACUGGGAAUCUCAUAAAUAUGAUUGGUGGAGAAACUUGGACGGAAAAGUUCCUGACAUUGCCAAAUCUGGCUUUACUUCUGCAUGGUUACCACCACCAUCUCAGUCUCUUGCACCAGAAGGUUACCUUCCACAGGACCUUUAUUCACUAAACUCAGCAUAUGGCUCUGAGCAUCUAUUGAAAUCCUUACUUCGAAAGAUGAAACAAUACAAAGUUAGAGCUAUGGCUGAUAUAGUCAUCAAUCAUCGUGUUGGGACAACGAGAGGACAUGGUGGAAUGUAUAACCGAUAUGAUGGAAUUUCAUUACCGUGGGAUGAACACGCCGUGACUUCUUGUACCGGAGGACUGGGUAACCGAAGCACAGGGGAUAAUUUUAACGGAGUUCCAAAUGUUGAUCACACUCAGCAUUUUGUUAGGAAAGAUAUAAUCGGGUGGCUUCGUUGGCUGCGCAACACCGUCGGGUUUCAAGAUUUCCGUUUUGACUUUGCUAGGGGUUAUUCAGCAAACUAUGUGAAGGAAUACAUUGGAGCGGCAAAACCGUUAUUCUCGGUUGGAGAAUGUUGGGAUUCUUGCAAUUACAAUGGCCAUGGUCUAGACUAUAAUCAAGAUAGCCAUAGACAGCGUAUCAUCAGUUGGAUCGAUGCCACGGGACAGAUCUCUGCUGCAUUUGACUUCACAACUAAAGGAAUUCUGCAGGAAGCCGUAAAGGGUCAGUAUUGGCGUUUAUGUGAUGCUCAAGGAAAGCCACCGGGUGUAAUGGGAUGGUGGCCUUCAAGAGCUGUCACAUUCCUUGAUAACCAUGACACUGGCUCUACUCAGGCUCAUUGGCCGUUCCCUUCACACCACAUUAUGGAGGGCUAUGCAUAUAUACUUACUCAUCCCGGCAUUCCCUGUGUGUUCUACGAUCAUUUUUACGACUGGGGAAGCUCGAUUCAUGAUCAGAUUGUCAAACUGAUUGAGAUUAGGAGGCGACAAGAUAUCCACAGUAGGUCAACGAUCCGCGUUCUAAAAGCAGAAUCUAACUUAUAUGCAGCCAUUGUUGGUGAGAAACUGUGCAUGAAGCUUGGAGACGGCUCUUGGUGCCCUUCUGGUGGAGACUGGACUCUAGCAACAAGUGGCCAUCGCUAUGCCGUCUGGCACAAGUAAAUCUUUUUAUGUCUAAUCUAUCUUCCAAAUCAAACCUUCCUAUUGAUCAAAAAAGGUUCUGGUCUUCAGAGUCCAGAGAUAUAUGUAAUUCAUUGUCUUACAAUAAUGUCAUGCCCUUACG